UGGCCAGAGAUGCCCCAAACCACGCAGCCACUCUCUCACCUUUGGCCGCCAGGAGGACAUGGACCGCCUGGAGCUGACCCUGCGGCACAACCACCUGACGUCCCUCUGGGGACGGGGCACUCGUUUCCUUGAGGAUCUGGGUCCAAGGGCGCCCCGUGCCCCCUCCUGCUUCCAGCCCCCCAGGCCCAAGCAGGCAAAGGCUCUCCCGCUCUCAGAAGAGGAGACCCCGUUCCUCCAAACGCAGGAGAGGGAAGCCUUGGAGCUCCAUGUCAAAAGCAAGAGGCUCCAGCACGAAUGGCGCCUGCCUGGCCUGCUUGAGAGGUCACUUUCGGGAUUCCGGCCAGCUCCCCGCUUGCAGACCGGCCCCUCAAAACUGGGUAUCUCUAUCGAUGUUCUGCGGCAGGACCCCUGCUUUCUCCCACAAAGCACCUUCCAACGCUUGGACUUCCAUCUUCAGAGGAUGAAGCUGCAGAGGCAAUGGGGAUUGCCCAAGAGGGUCCUGGGAUCCCUGAAGGGUCUCUGCCCUGGGAUCAUGGUGGGUCCCCCUGAUGUCCACCAGAUGGAAGAUGGGGUGGCCCUCUCCCAGGGUCCUGGUCAUCAUGUGAAUCCUGGUCUCUCCAUCCCUGGGAGGACGGAGGGGAAACUUCUUCCCAUGUUGGCGCCCAACAUUAUGAACAGGAUGGAGGUCCACUGGGCCAGGAAGUCCAUGGAGGUGAAUCUGGAAUUGGUUCCAGAUAUGGUCAGGCGCUCUUGGCUGCAGAUGGCCCGUCUUUCCAGGCAACCCCUCCCCAGAAAUAUCCCUCCAGGUUUAAUGCCACAGAAGGUCCGCACAUCCUCCUUCCCAUUUCUCCAUGCAGGGAAAAUGGACAAGAUUGAGAUGUCCGUGAAGUGCCACCACAUGGCCUUCCUGUGGGGCUUGGGGACUCUCCAUUUAGAGGCCCUGAGUGGGAUGACGGAGCCCAAACCCACACCUGAGCAUCCAGGACCCAGAGGGAGCUGCAUUGCUUUCUCAGAAUCAGAAACACCCUUUCUCCUGGAGGAGGAGAGGCAAGCUUUAGAGACUCAUGUGUCAAUGAAGAAGAUCCACCAUGCAUGGGCAUUACCAAGUCUUGUCCAAAAGUCCAUAAUGGCUUUUGUGCCAGAGCCUCCCCAAGCACCCUUCCCUCAGAAGACCACGAUCGAGAUCAACAUCAUUCCAGGGGAGCUCUCCUUCCUUUCCCAAGAGGUCUCCAGUGGCUUGGAAUUCCACAUUCAUAAGAGGACCAUCAAGCAACAAUGGGGCUUGCCCAGGAGGGUGCUCCAGUCCCUCCACCUGAUGGCCCCAAGGGAUGGAAGUCAUCACCAAGAGCCUUCUGAUGGCCAGAGCUGGAGAAGCUCCCUCAGAUGGCCUGUCCAUGGGGAAACCCCCAUUAGAAGUUGGCCAAUGGGUGCAAGAGGAGCAGAGCAGAACAUCCUGAGGAGAGGGGCAGAGAGUAUUUUGGACACCGAGAUCUUGAGAAAGGUGGCUAAAAAGGGUACAGAAAUGUUCUUUGAGGCUUCCCCAAUAGCCACUGAAGCCUCCUGUGAAGAUGGAGGUCCCCAGACAGGACAAGCCUUUCUCAAGGUGAUCCCUGCUGGCCAUGGCACCAGGCAGCCCCAAAGCACUUCUCUGACCAUGGUAUCCCACAAAGAGAUGGGAAGGAUGGAGUUGGCUGUCCAAAGCCAUCACUUGGCUCCCUUAUGGGGCCUGAGCAAGACCUACAAGGAAGGGCUUCCUGGAAUGGGGCGGGCACCAUCCAACCUGCCCCAUAAGUACAGACAGGUAGACAUUGAGUACAUGGGGAUACAGACACCUUUCAUCCUGAAAGAGGUGAGAGAAGCCCUAGAAUUUCAUGUGACAAAGAAAAGGAUCCAUCAUACAUGGGCAUUACCAGGUCUUGUCCAAAAGUCCAUAAUGGCUUUUGUGCCAGGGCCUCCCCAAGUACCCUUCCAUCAGAAGACCACGAUCGAGAUCAACAUCAUUCCAGGGGAGCUCUCCUUCCUUUCCCAAGAGGUCUCCAGUGGCUUGGAAUUCCACAUUCAUAAGAGGACCAUCAAGCAACAAUGGGGCUUGCCUAGGCGGGUGCUCCAGUCCCUCCGCCUGAUGGCCCCAAGGGAUGGAAGUCAUCACCAAGAACCUUCUGAUGGCCAGAGUUGGAGAAGUUCCCUCCGAUGGCCUGUUCAUGGGAAACCCCCCAUUGCACAUUUGCCAAUGGAUGCAAGAGGAAUAGCGCAGGGCAUCAAUAAAAGGAAAGGGGCAGAGAGUUUUUUGGACACCAAGAUCUUGAGAAAGGUGGCUAGAAAGGAUACAGAAAUGUUUUUUGAGGCUCCCUCAACAGCCAAUGAAGCCUCCUGUGAAGAUGGGGGUCACCAGACAGGACAUGCCUUUCUCAAGGUGAUCCCUGCUGGCCAUGGCACCAGGAAGCCCCAAAGCACUUCUCCGACCAUGGUAUCCCACAAAGAGAUGGGAAGGAUGGAGUUGGCUGUCCAAAGCCAUCCCUUGGCUCCCUUAUGGGGCCUGAGCAAGACCUACAUGCAUGCUGGAAUGGGGCGGGCACCAUCUAACCUGCUCCAUAAGUACAGACAGGUAGACAUUGAGUUCUUGGAGAUACAGACACCCUUCAUCCUGAAAGAGGUGAGAGAAGCCCUAGAACUUCAUGUGACCAAGAAAAGGAUCCACCAUGCUUGGGCAUUACCAAGUCUUGUUCAAAAGUCUGUAAUGGCUUUUAUGCAAGAGCCUCCCCAAGUACCCUUCCAUCAGAAAACCACGAUCGACAUAGAGAUCAUUCCAGGGGAGCUCUCCUUCCUUUCCCAAAAGGUCUCCAGUGUCUUGGAAUUCCACAUUCAUAAGAGGACCAUCAAGCAACAAUGGGGCUUGCCUAGGCGGGUGCUCCAGUCCCUCUGCCUGAUGGCCCCAAGGGAUGGAAGUCAUCACCAAGAACCUUCGGAUGGCCAGAGUUGGAGAAGUUCCCUCCGAUGGCCUGUCCAUGGGGAAACCCCCAUUGGAAGUUGGCCAAUGGGUGCAAGAGGAACAGAGCAGGACAACCUGAAAAGGAGAGGGGCAGAGAGUAUUUUAGACACCAAGAUCUUGAGAAGGGUGGCUAAAAAGGACACAGAAAUGGUGUUUGAGGCUCCCCCAGCAGCCACUGAAGCCUCCUUUGAAGAUGGAGGUCCCCUGGCAAGGCAAUCCCUUCCCAAGCUGAUCCCUCCUGGCCAUGGCAGCAGGCAGCCCCGAAGCACUGCUCUGACCUUGGCAUCCCACAAAGAGAUGGGGAGGAUGGAGUUGGCUGUCCAGCGCUGUCACUUGGCUUCCUUGUGGGGCCUGGGCAAGACUUACAUAGAGGGGCUCGCAGGAAUGGGUCCAGGGCUAUCCACCCGACUCCCCAGGUAUACACAGGUAGAUGUUGAGUUCUUGGAGAUGGAGACGCCCUUCCUCCCAAAGGAUAGGAGAGAAGCCCUCGAAUUUCAUGUGACAUGGAAGAGGAUCCACCAUACAUGGUCCUUACCAGGCCUUGUCCAGAGGUCUCUUGAGGGCUUCAUGGGCAACACUCCUUCGUGGCUUGAACCUAAAAAGCAGGAGAUUAAGGUCCAUAUUUUGGUGCAAGAACCUCUGUUUCUCCCUGAAAUCACCAGGAUCUCCUUGGAGCAGCACCUUCAGAGGCGGAAGGUGAAGCAUGUUUGGAGCUUACCACGGCAAGUGUUGAGGUCAUUGAAACAUCAUCUUCCACCAUCGCACCCAGCAAGGGUCCCCCCUUAUUCUGGAAAAGACUUUGCAGAAGAAGACUUGGAUGGGGAAAAGGAACAAAUGCACAGGAGAUGUAUAGUGAUGACUCCUUUCCAGGAAGUGGGCAUUCAGUUUCUCCAGGAUGAGGACAAGAAAAAGCUGGAAUACCAUAUCCAGUGGAAGAAACUUCACCACCAGUGGGGUCUCCCCACUACCAUCCAAAGGUCUCUUCAGGCCUUCCUUGCACCCUCUCUGCUGGUGCCAACGUCAAAAGAUCACCCAAUUGGCACAGUCAAGGAAGUUGAGAUCCAGAGCAAUAGACCAUCUUUCUUCUCUGACUUGGUCCAGAAGGACCUGGAGGCCAGUUUGAAGAAGAUGGCCAUUCAUAGGGCCCAGGAUUCUCUCCAUGCAGUCUCACCGGCCACCCCAGCCAUUGGGGUACAGUGGCCCCAUCAGGAAGAAGCCCAUACAUCUGAAAGGUCAUCCGUCUCUGGUGAAAGUAGUCCAUGGAUCAUAGAGGAACCAAGGGAGCAAUCCCAGAGAAAGCUUUAUGGGAGACAUUCUGAGGCAAAAGUCUCCACAUGUGGGAAAGCCAUGGAUCUCCAAGCCUUCCAGGACGGGAGCAGGGAAUUGCUAGAGUUCCACAUUAUGCACAAGAAAAUUUGCCGCUGGUGGGGCCUCCCACUAGUUGUCCAGAACUCUUUGGCAACCUUGGAGGACUUCAAGACCUCUCAGGAAGAGACCUUGGAGACCACCGAGAAAGAAACAACCUCCUCAGGGGGAAGCCAUGAGGUUUCAAGAGUGUGGCCUGAACAAAGAUCACAACUAUGGGACAACACAGAUGCUACAGAUUUACAAAGCCCAUCCACCACUGAAGGGAGGUCUAGUAGGGAGAGUGACUACACGUCUGAAGAAUCGGUUAUGGAAAGGGUCCUGGCAUUCACUCCUGAGCUCCUGAGCCCACCUGCUGCUAAGGAAGAGACUGCCCCUGAAAUCUAUAUCUCCUCAUGGACGAUGGAAUAUGAAAGCCAAGGAGAGCGAUGGAGCAGCCACUCUUUCCAUCUAUGACAAUGUUAUUCAGAUCUUUUGUCAAGCCCAUUGGGAAUUGCUCUCAGAGGACUCAUUCUCAACAGCCUGUUUUCUUUUCCCAGAGAGACAAAAUCUCAACACAUCCGUUUCCAUAUUUCAUCAUCCUUUCCUUCUUCCUGAGUCUGCUGUCCACAUUUCUAACCCAAACUUUUGCUUCAUCAGCCCCAGUUACAUUUUCUAGAUUACUUUCCAAUUGUUGGCACAAGACUAUUGAAUAUUGCACACAAAAAGGUGCAUUGAGCAUGAUGAGAAUAAAUUCCAUUUUCCUUUGCAUGCUUCAUGGGAUGAUGUUGAAAUUCCUUUAGGGGACUUGUAGGCAUACUUCCAUAUAAUACUUCUCUGGUCAAUCUUCAUGAAAGGGAUUUUAACUGUACAGUAGAGUCUCACUUAUCCAACAUUAGCUUAUCCAACAUUCUGGAUUAUCCAACACAUUUUUGUAGUCAAUGUUUUCAAUACAUCAUGAUAUUUUGGUGCCAAAUUCGUAAAUACAGUGAUUACUACGUAGCAUUACUGCACAUUGAACUACUUUUUCUGUCAAAUUUGUUGUAUAACAUGAUGUUUUGGUGCUUAAUUUGUAAAAUCACAACCUAAUUUGAUGUUUAACAGGCGUCUCCUUAAUCUCUCCUUAUUAUCCAACAUAUUCGCUUAUCCAAUGUUCUGCCGGCCUGUUUAUGCUGGAUAAGCGAGACUCUACUGUAUUUCCAAAAGGGAUUUUUGGGAAGAAAGCAGAAUCUAGGAUGCUUCUACACUAUAGAAUUAAUAUGGUUUGACACCACUUUAACUACCAUGCUAGGGAGGAAUGAGAGUUGUAAUUUUACAAGGCCUUUAGCCUUAUUUGACUGAGUGCUGAUGCCUCACCAAACUACAGCUUCCAUGGCAGGUAAAGCAGUGUCAAACUGCAUUAUUUAAGCCCAAAUCAGAGUUCUAUGCACAAAUUCUCACCCUAAUUUUCAGUAAUUAUUACAGUUCAGGUUUUAAAUCGCUGUUUGAUGUUUU